GAAGUAAAUUCGAAUCGUUAUUGCCUUGCCCUACCUUGCAAUUGCCCUUCUAGAUGCCCAAGUGACAAUCUUGGAAAGAGGAGACUAUUGCUAGCACCCUGGCUUCUUGUUCAAUUGAAAAGCUCCUGUCUUCCCCCCUGUUGUCGUUUCUGCUUUUCUUCUUUUCCUUCAUCCUCCAUCUUUCCCUGCCACUCAUCUACCAUCUUGGCCAAGAUCAGCAGCAAUCAUGAGUGAUCCCGUCGACCGCAAAGUUGAUCCUGAGGUCAGCAAGGCUGAUGUCCGAGUCGAAGAUGCCGCCGUCGACAUCGAGAAGCAGAAUGCCCUCACAAAGGCAGCUGCCAUUGAGGCAGAAAACGCAGAGCAUGCCUUGGGUGUCAUUGACACCGUCAAGGCAUACCCCAUGGCUGCUCUGUGGGCAUUCGUCAUGUCUUGCACAAUUAUCAUGGAGUCCUACUGUGUUUUCCUGAUGGGCAACUUCAUUCCUCUGCCUGCUUUUGCCAACCGCUACGGACAUUACAGCCCUAUCAAGGAUAAAUUCAUCAUCGCGGCCAGCUGGCAAUCCGCCCUUCAAAUGGCUGGACCCGUUGGUGCUAUCAUUGGUGUCACUCUCGCCGGUCCCCUCACCAGCCGUAUCGGAUACCGUUGGGCAACCAUUGCCGGCCUCAUGCUUUUGAACGCCUUCAUCUUCAUCUUCUACUUUGCCGACUCGCUGCCCGUCAUGUUCGUCGCCCAGCUCCUCGAGGGUAUUCCGUGGGGAAUCUUCAUUGCCAACGCGCCAGCCUACUGCUCUGAAAUUACCCCCAUUCAGCUUCGAGCCCCCGCCACCCAGAUGUUGCAGAUGUUCUGGGCCAUUGGUGCUAUCAUCGUCGGAGGUGUCACCUACAAGUACAACAAGCAGCUAGAUCAAGCUGCAUUCAGAAUUCCCAUUGCUCUUCAGUGGAUGUUCCCCACCCCUCUCGCCAUUCUUCUCUUCAUCGCACCCGAGUCUCCGUGGUGGUUGGUCCGCAAGGGACGUCUCGAAGAGGCCGAGAGGUCGGUUGAGCGCUUGGGACGCAAGUCGAUGCUUAACAAGAGCGAGGCUGUUGCUAUGAUGCGCCGUACCAUUGAUCUUGAGAAGACCGUCAAGGAGCCCAACUACCUCGAGCUCUUCAAGGGCACCGAUCUUUACCGUACACUCAUCGUUUGCGGUGUCUACGCUGCACAGAAUCUUACUGGUAACUUGAUUGCCAACCAGGCCGUCUACUUCUUUGAGCAGGCUGGCAUGGAUACCAACACUUCCUUCGCCUUGGGUCUCAUCACCUCCGGUCUUCAGUGGCUCUUCGUCAUGCUUUCCUGGAUCUUGACCUCCUACCUCGGCCGCCGUACCAUCUACGUCUGGGGCUCCCUCAUCAACGUCGGAUUCCUCGUCGCUCUUGGUAUCGCAGGCUCCGUCGGUCUCUCCAAGGCCGCCUCCCUCGCCCAGGCCUCUUUGGGUCUCAUCGUCUCCGUCUUGUUCACCCUUGGACCGGCUCCCGCCUCUUGGGUCAUCAUCGGAGAGACAUCCGCCAUUCGUCUCAGGCCUUUGACCACCGGUAUCGGACGUGCCUGCUACUACAUGGUCAAUAUCCCCUGUAUCUUCCUUGCCAGUUACAUGUUGAACGCCGACGAGGCCAAUCUCGGUGGAAAGUGUGGCUACGUCUGGGCUGGUACCGGCUUCGUCUGCUUCGUCCUCGCUUACUUCUUCCUCCCCGAGAUGAAGAACAGGUCCUACCGCGAGAUCGACAUUCUCUUCAAGCGCAAGGUUCCUGCCCGCCAGUGGACCAAGACCUACGUCGAUGCCGAGGCCGACGAGUAG